GAACAUAAAGAAAAGAAAAUCUCAGAGCUGAAGAUUCAGCAGAAAACUGAGUUAUUGGAAAAAAACAAAGAACUUGAAGAGAAAGAGAGUCUUCUAACUGAGAGAGAGACACAGCUAAUGGAAAGAGACAAACAGCUUCAGGAGAAAGACAGACUUCUGACAGAAAAUACACAAACACUGCAGAUGAAAGACGAGACACUGGAAGAGAAGGAGACACUGCUGAAACAGACAAGAGCUGAACUGGACACAACAUUGAAGGAAUUAGAAGACAGUCAGAGACACAUGGAGGAGAAAAACACACAACUAGAGAAUCUGAACAAACUGCUGACAGAAAAUACAGAAACACUUCAGAAGAAGGACAAGAAACAGGAGGAGAAGAACACACAGCUCAGAGAGAUAGAAGAAGAAUUGAAAAAAACAAAGGUGAUGUUAGAAAAGAAUCAGACACAGUUGAAGGACAAAGAGAGACAACUGGAGACACUGGGACAGGAGCUGCAGGACAAUCAGAGACAACUACAGGAGAUGGAGCGUAUCGUAGUGGAGCGACAGAAAACUGAAUUAGCAGAAAAUAACAAAGAGCUUGAAGAGAAAGAGAGUCUUCUAACUGAGAGAGAGACACAGCUAAUGGAAAGAGACAAACAGCUUCAGGAGAAAGACAGACUUGUGACAGAAAAUACACAAACACUUCAGAACAGACAAGAGCUGAACUGGACAAAACAAUUAAGGAAUUUAAAGACAGUCAGAGACACAUGGAGGAGAAAAACACACAACUAGAGAAUCUGAACAAACUGCUGAGGGAGAAAGAAACACAGCUGAAGAACACAGAUAAAGAGCUGGAAACCAGUACAAUUCAACUAGGGACACUGGGACAGGAGCUGCAGGACAAUCAGAGACAAAUACAGGAAAUGAUGAUCGUAGUGGAGCAACAGAAAACUGAGUUAACAGAAAAAAACAAAGAGCUUGAAGAGAAAGAGAGUCUUCUAACUGAGAGAGAGACACAGCUAAUGGAAAGAGACAAACAGCUUCAGGAGAAAGACAGACUUCUGGAGGAGAAAACAAAGCAGCUGCAGGAACAAACAGAUCCAGAAUCAUCAACCCCCAUCAGGAGAAGACACAGCAAGGAAGAGUUUCCUCCAA